GUUCCCGGCUUUCUCUAUUCCAAAGAGAACACGUUGUACAAAAGCAACUACAAACGUGAUAAAAUUAGACUUAAAAAAAAAAGCGGAACCACCGGGAGGCUGUAGUGGUGCAGGUGUGGCCUUCCAUCUUCUCAGAAACAAGAUCUGCUGAGAUAUAAGCACAGAGAGGCAACAUGUCAGAGAAGCCAACUAGAAUUGCCAUUGUGAACCAUGACAAGUGCAAGCCCAAGAAAUGCAGGCAAGAAUGCAAGAAGAGCUGUCCAGUGGUCCGAAUGGGUAAACUGUGUAUAGAAGUCACGCCCCAGAGCAAAAUUGUGUGGAUUUCAGAAUCCCUUUGCAUCGGUUGUGGUAUCUGCAUUAAGAAAUGCCCUUUUGGAGCUCUGUCCAUUGUUAACCUGCCAAGCAACCUUGAGAAAGAGACAACCCACAGAUACUGUGCCAACGCCUUCAAACUUCACAGGUUGCCUAUUCCUCGGCCGGGUGAGGUUUUGGGAUUGGUUGGCACCAACGGUAUCGGGAAGUCAACCGCUCUGAAAAUCUUAGCAGGAAAGCAGAAGCCAAACCUGGGAAAGUUUGACGCUCCUCCGGAUUGGCAGGAAAUCCUAACCUACUUCCGAGGUUCUGAGUUGCAGAACUACUUUACCAAGAUCCUGGAAGAUGACUUGAAAGCCAUCGUCAAACCUCAGUAUGUGGACCAGAUCCCUAAGACAGUGAAGGGGACUGUGGGAUCCAUCUUGAGCAGAAAAGAUGACACCAAGACAGAGACUAUUGUGUGUGAACAACUUGACCUGACUCAUUUAAGGGACAGGAAUGUGGAGGACCUGUCAGGAGGAGAGCUGCAGCGGUUUGCCUGCGCUGUGGUGUGCAUUCAGAGAGCAGACAUUUUCAUGUUCGAUGAGCCGUCCAGUUACCUGGAUGUGAAGCAGCGUUUGAAAGCUGCCAUCACCAUACGGUCCUUGAUUAGCCCAGACAGAUAUAUUAUAGUAGUAGAGCAUGACUUGAGUGUGUUGGACUACCUGUCUGACUUCAUCUGCUGUCUGUAUGGAGUGCCAAGCGCCUAUGGAGUGGUCACCAUGCCUUUCAGCGUUCGGGAAGGUAUCAAUAUCUUCCUGGAUGGAUAUGUCCCGACAGAGAACCUGCGGUUUAGAGAAACCUCUCUGGUUUUCAAGGUGGCAGAGACAGCUAAUGAGGAGGAGAUCACGAAGAUGUGCAGGUACCAGUACCCCCGGAUGAAGAAGCAGAUGGGGGACUUUGAACUGGAGAUCAUCGAAGGGGAGUUCACGGACUCGGAAAUCAUGGUCAUGUUGGGGGAGAACGGAACCGGUAAAACAACAUUCAUCAGAAUGCUGGCUGGAAGACUUAAACCUGAUGAAGGAGGGGAAGUACCAGUUCUGAAUGUGAGCUACAAACCACAGAAGAUCAGCCCCAAGUUUAAAGGAAGUGUCCGCCAGCUGCUUCAUGAGAAGAUCAGAGAUGCGUACACUCAUCCGCAGUUUGUAACUGAUGUCAUGAAACCCUUGCAGAUAGAAAACGUUAUUGAUCAAGAUGUCCAGAAUCUAUCUGGAGGUGAAUUGCAGCGUGUAGCUCUGGCCCUUUGUUUAGGAAAGCCGGCAGACGUCUACCUGAUUGAUGAGCCCUCAGCAUACUUGGACUCAGAGCAGCGUCUCAUAGCUGCCAGAGUCAUCAAGCGUUUCAUCCUCCAUGCGAAGAAAACUGCCUUUGUGGUAGAGCACGAUUUUAUAAUGGCGACCUAUCUGGCAGAUCGUGUGAUUGUGUUUGACGGUAUUCCAUCCAGGAGCACAGCUGCCAAUAUGCCACAGACACUACUCGCUGGAAUGAACAAGUUCUUAGGACAGCUGGAGAUCACCUUCAGGAGAGAUCCAAACAACUUCAGACCAAGAAUCAACAAGAUGAAUUCUAUCAAGGAUGUCGAGCAGAAGAAAAGUGGAAAUUACUUUUUCUUGGAUGACUAAACCUAUUCCUUGCAAAGCGAGAGAAAUAAAUGCAUUCAUGUUAGUCUGCAUAGCAUGUCCAUAUCUGACAGUAAGCACCACAAAUUCCAUCUUUCUAUCCAGCAGAUAUGUGUUUUUUCCAGUAGAUUGGGGCCACCACCACAUUUUGACUGAAAUGUACUGUAGGGAAUUGAGGAAAAGAAGUUGUUCAAUUCUCACAUUUUCUAGGCUUCUGGUCCAAUGCCAUUAUAAACUGACAUACACUUUUUAUUCAGACUUUAUGUAUAUUAUCUCUUUCCCGUACUGGGAAAACAGGAUAGGUUAGAAAUGUUCUUGACAACACAGCGGAGUGUGUGUGCGUAGUAUGAUGUGGAAUGACGAUCGGCAAGAACCGUAACCUGACGUUUAUUUUAAAGGGAAUUAAAAAAAGAAAAUAAAUUUAAAAGGAAAAGUGA